GAGAGUGUCUGUGGCAGGGUACGUGUGUGUGAGAGUGUCUGCGGCAGGCUACGCGUGUGUGAGAGUGUCUGCGGCAGGAUGCGCUUGUGUGAGAGUGUCUGCGACAGGGUACGUGUGUGAGAGUGUCUGCGGCAGGGUACGUGUGUGUCAGAGUGUCUGCGGCAGGGUACGUGUGUGUGAGAGUGUCUGCGACAGGGUACGCGUGUGUGAGAGUGUCUGCGGCAGGGUACGCGUGUGUGAGAGUGUCUGCGGCAGGGGACGUGUGUGUGAGAGUGUCUGCGGCAGGAUACGUGUGUGUGAGAGUGUCUGCGGCAGGUUACGUGUGUGUGAGAGUGUCUGCGGCAGGAUACGCGUGUGUGAGAGUGUCUGCGACAGGGUACGUGUGUGUGAGAGUGUCUGCGGCAGGAUACGUGUGUGUGAGAAUGUCUGCGGCAGGGUACGCGUGUGUGAGAGUGUCUGCGGCAGGAUACGCGUGUGUGAGAGUGUCUGCGGCAGGGUACGCGUGUGUGAGAGUGUCUGCGGCAGGAUGCGCUUGUGUGAGAGUGUCUGCGGCAGGGUACGCGUGUGUGAGAAUGUCUGCGGCAGGGUACGUGUGUGUGAGAGUGUCUGCGGCAGGGUACGUGUGUGUGAGAGUGUCUGCGGCAGGAUGCGCUUGUGUGAGAGUGUCUGCGGCAGGGUACGUGUGUGUGAGAGUGUCUGCGGCAGGAUACGCGUGUGUGAGAGUGUCUGCGGCAGGGUACGCGUGUGUGAGAGUGUUUGCGGCAGGAUGCGCUUGUGUGAGAGUGUCUGUGACAGGGUACGUGUGUGUGAGAGUGUCUGUGGCAGGAUACGCGUGUGUGAGAGUGUCUGCGGCAGGGUACGCGUGUGUGAGAGUGUCUGCGGCAGGAUGCGCUUGUGUGAGAGUGUCUGCGGCAGGGUACGCGUGUGUGAGAAUGUCUGCGGCAGGUUACAUGUGUGUGAGAGUGUCUGUGGCAGGAUACGCGUGUGUGAGAGUGUCUGCGGCAGGGUACGUGUGUGUGAGAGUGUCUGUGACAGGGUACGUGUGUGUGAGAGUGUCUGCGACAGGGUACGCGUGUGUCAGAGUGUCUGCGGCAGGGUACGUGUGUGUGAGAGUGUCUGCGGCAGGAUACGCGUGUGUGAGAGUGUCUGCGACAGGGUACGUGUGUGUGAGAGUGUCUGCGACAGGGUACGCGUGUGUGAGAGUGUCUGCGACAGGAUGCGCUUGUGUGAGAGUGUCUGCGGCAGGGUACGCGUGUGUGAGAGUGUCUGUGGCAGGAUACGCGUGUGUGAGAGUGUCUGCGGCAGGGUACGUGUGUGUGAGAGUGUCUGUGACAGGGUACGUGUGUGUGAGAGUGUCUGCGACAGGGUACGCGUGUGUCAGAGUGUCUGCGGCAGGGUACGUGUGUGUGAGAGUGUCUGUGACAGGGUACGUGUGUGUGAGAGUGUCUGUGACAGGGUACGUGUGUGUGAGAGUGUCUGUGACAGGGUACGCGUGUGUGUGUGUCUGCGGCAGGUUACGUGUGUGUGAGAGUGUCUGUGCCUGGAUACGCGUGUGUGAGAGUGUCUGCGACAGGGUACGUGUGUGUGAGAGUGUCUGCGGCAGGAUACGCGUGUGUCAGAGUGUCUGCGGCAGGGUACGUGUGUGUGAGAGUGUCUGUGACACCCCACCCCCAGUGCAUUGGGUGACCUGCCCCACUGUUGGGGAAAGCGCCCGGCGUUUCCACCCCAACUCCACACUUUACGAGACACACACUUUACAGUUUUACUUGCAAGGGUACCCACACUCUCUGCAAUGAAAUCUACAGCAGAAUGUGUUACAAAGGGUGGUUCCCCUUGGCUCCUUUAUUUAUAGUUAGUGGGAGGCGCAAGAGUUACGCAGAAUAGGGAGGUGAGAACAAGAAGAGAAAGUUCUGGUUUUGCUAAGGUGGGAAUGCUAUUAUUAAUAUAAUCUAAAGUAUGAGGCUAGAGGAAAACAAAAUAACCGGUCAUGCUGAACAAUGCUGCAGGCAGCAUAACGUUCUCCAUGGCUUCUCCAGACCCUUUCACGUCUGUCACAUGUGCUCAGGGUGAACCUGCUCUCAUCUGUGAAAAGCGCCAGUGGCAGACCUGCAAAUUCUGGUAUUCUAUGGCAAAUGCCAAUCGAGCUCCAUGGUGCUGGGCAGUGAGCAUAGGGCCCACUAGAGGACAUUGAGCCUCAAGCCACCUUUAUGAAGUCUGUCUCUGACCAAACAAUCAGAAACAUUCACACCAGUGGCCUGCUGGAGGUCAUUUUGUAGGGCUCCAGCAGUGUUCAUCCUGUUCCUCCUUGCACAAAGGAGCAGAUACCGGUCCUGCUGAUGGGUUAAGGACCUUCUACGGCCCUGUCCAGCUCUCCUUGAGUAUCUGCCUGUCUCCUGGAAUCUCCUCCAUGCCCUUGAGACUGUGCUGGGAGACACAGCAAACCUUCUGCCAAUGGCACGUAUUGAUGCACCAUCCUGGAGGAGUUGGACUACCUGUCCAACCUCUGUAGGGUCCAGGUAUCGCCUCAUGCUACCAGUAGUGACACUGACCGUCGCCAAAUGCAAAACUAGUGAAAAAACUGUCAGAAAAGAUGAGGAGGGAAAAAUGCCAGUGGCCUCCACCUGUUAAACCAUUCCUGGUUUGGGGGUCGUCUCAUUGUUGCCCCUCUAGUUCACCUGCUGAUAAUUUCAUUAACACCAAAGCAGCUGAAACUGAUUAACAACCCCCUCCGCUACUUAACUGACCUGAUCAAUAUCCCAGAAGUUUAAUAGACUUGAUGCUAUACUCUGAUUAAAAAGUGUUCCUUACAUUUUUUUGAGCAGUGUAUAUUAAUACAUAGAUAUGAAUGGCCAUACAUACACAGACACACUUUCAUACAUAUCUGUAAUGAUUGAAACAUACAAUACAUGAAUCUAACAGAAAUGAAAAUAAUUAAUAAAAACAACAGCAAAAAAGUAAGGGGGGGGUUGAGGUAGCUUUUAUCCACAAAAUAUUUUGCUGCAAACAUCAGCAAACAUACAAACAACCCGAAUUCCAGAAAAGUUGUUUAAAUUUGAAUGAAAUGACAAUUAAAAGACUUUAAAAUCACAUGAGCCUACAUUUUAUUCACAACAGAACAUAGAUAACAUAAAUGUUCAAACUGGGAAAUGGUACACCUUUAUCCAGUAAAUGACCUUAUUUAAAAUUUGAUGCCUGCUACAUGUCCCAAAAAAGUCUGUACAGGGACAACAAAUGGCUGAAAAAGCAAGAAAGUUUAAAAAGAUUCAGCUGGGAGAACAUCUAGCAAAUAAUUAAGUUAAUUGAUAUCAGGUCUGUAACCUGAUUAGCAUUAAAAGGGCUGUCAGAGAGGCAGAGUCUCUCAGAAGUAAAGAUGGGCAGAGGCUCUCCAAUCUGUGUAAGAGUGAAUAAAAAGAUUGUGGGAUACUUUAAAAACAAUGUUCCUCAACUUGAAAUUACAAAGGAUUUGCAAAUCUCAUCAUCUAUCAAAAAAAAUUAGAGAAACUGGAGAUAUCUCUGUGCGAAAGGGACAAGGCCGAAGACCUGUAUUAGAUGUCCGUGGUCUUCGGGCCCUCAGACGACUCUGCAUCACUCAUCGGCAUGAUUGUGUCAAUGACAUUACUAAAUGGGCCCAGGAAUACUUCCAGAAAGCACAGUCGGUAAACACAAUCCGCCGUGCCAUCUGCAGAUGCCAGCUAAAGCUCUAUCAUGCAAAAAGGAAGCCAUAUCUGAACAUGGUCCAGAAGCGCCGUCGUGUCCUGUGGGCCAAGACUCAUUUGAAAUGGACUGUUUCAAAGUGGGAAAGUGUUCUGUGGUCAGACGAGUCCAAAUGUGACAUUCUUGUUGGUAAUGAAGGGCGCCGUGUCCUCCGGGCUAAAGAGGAGGGAGACCUUCCAGCGUGUUAUCAGCGUUCAGUUCAAAAGCCAGCAUCUCUGAUGGUAUGGGGGUGCAUAAGUGCAUACGGUAUGGGCAGCUUGCAUGUUUUGGAAGGAACUAUGAAUGCUGAAAGGUAUAUAAAGGUUUUAGAGAAACACAUGCUCCCCUCCAGAGGACGUCUGUUUCAGGGAAGGCCUUGUGUAUUUCAGCAGGACAAUGCAAAACCACAUACUGCAGCUAUUACAAUAGUAUGGCUUCAUCGGAGAAGAGUCCAGGUGCUGAAUUGGCUUGUCUGCAGUCCAGAUCUUUCACCUAUAGAGAACAUACAGUAAUUACCUGUGACACCCAUUGUACACUGUGAGCAGGUACACAGGCCAACAGAGCAUGCAGAUAAUUACCUGUGACACCCAUUGUACACUGUGAGCAGGUAUACAGGCCAACAGAGCAUGCAGAUAAUUAUCUGUGACACCCAUUGUACACUGUGAGCAGGUAUACAGGCCAACAGAGCAUGCAGAUAAUUAUCUGUGACACCCAUUGUACACUGUGAGCAGGUAUACAGGCCCACAGAGCAUGCAGAUAAUUAUCUGUGACACCCAUGGUGCACUGUGAGCAGGUAUACAAGCCAACAGAGCAUGCAGAUAAUUAUCUGUGACACCCAUGGUGCACUGUGAGCAGGUAUACAGGCCCACAGAGCAUGCAGAUAAUUAUCUGUGACACCCAUGGUGCACUGUGAGCAGGUAUACAGGCCCACAGAGCAUGCAGAUAAUUACCUGUGACACCCAUGGUGCACUGUGAGCAGGUAUACAGGCCCACAGAGCAUGCAGAUAAUUAUCUGUGACACCCAUGGUGCACUGUGAGCUGGUAUACAGGCCAACAGAGCAUGCAGAUAAUUAUCUGUGACACCCAUGGUGCACUGUGAGCAGGUAUACAGGCCCACAGAGCAUGCAGAUAAUUAUCUGUGACACCCAUGGUGCACUGUGAGCAGGUACAGUGGUGUGAAAAACUAUUUGAAUUUGUUAUUUUUUAACAAGGGGGCAAUUACUACUUCACACAUGGCAAUGUAGGUUUGGAUUUUUUUUCUCCCUAAAUAAUAAAAAACAUCAUUUAAAAACUGCAUUUUGUGUUUACUUGUGUUACAUUUGACUAAUAGAAACAUUUUGUGUGACAAACAUGCAAAAGAAUAAGAAAUCAGGAAAAUAAGCAAAUAGGCACACCACUGUAUACAGGCCCACAGAGCAUGCAGAUAAUUAUCUGUGAGCCAUUUUUGCACCUAAUGAUGUAAUCAUGGUUUUAGUAUGGGUAUGCUGAGCAGUAUUGACUAAAUUAAAUAAUCUAUGGAUGUUGUCUGAGGCAUGUCUGGUCUUGAUGAAGUCUGUCUGAUAAUGAUGGAUUAUAGUAGGAAUGACUGUGUCUGUAACUGAGUGGCAAGAGCUUUUGCAAUGAUUUUCAAGUCUGUAUUCAUGAGUGAGAGUGGCGGGUAACUGGAGGGUUGUGUUGGCUCUUUAUCAGGUCUCAAUAAGACUGUAAUGGUCACUGUGCUCAUACGUGAUGGGAUUUGUGAUGUAUGUUUAAUUCCUCUUACCAGUCUAUUGAAGAGUGAAGAUAAUAUGUCCCAAAAAUGUGUAUAGAUUUCUGCAGGGUACCCAUCCGGUCUGGCGAUUGGUUGUUAAGCAUUUGGUGGAGCACCUUAUGGAGUUCUUCUGAUGUUAAUGGUGCAUCAAGCAGAG